AGGAUUGUUAAUAUGGUCAUUAUUACUGUGUAUUUUUAUAAAUAUAUAUGACUUGUUUGUAAUUUUUGUAAAUAUUUCGUUUUAAGGACUUCUUUGCAAUUUUCUCAGUGAGAAUAAUAGAGCUGCUGGACCCACCAUCUCCUCCUUCAGUCAUUGCCGCCUCCUGUUCGGCGCUCCGCCGCCAAUUACUGUCACCGUUUAGUCCGUCGUACCGCAUUGUGAAAAAUUUGGUAUGACAUCACACAUAAUGUGCUUUUAGAGAGAGAAAAUGGCAAGGAGACGACUGCUGUUGCUGUUAAAGCCCUUCGACGUGUACCUAUCCCACAAAUCCAACGAUCUCUCUCGCUUCACAAACCCUAAGGUGUUGGGUUAUUUGACCAAUAGACGCGAGGUUCACAAAAAUGCCAUAAAAUUUUGUCAGGAUAUUUUGCGAAAAAAGUUUGUUGAUUGGGAACCUGUUCUACGUAGUAAUGUAUCACAACCAAUCCGUGAUGUGGAUCUGGUUGUUACCGUAGGUGGCGAUGGCACGCUUUUGCAGGCAAGCCAUUUCAUGGAUGACUCAAUUCCGGUUCUAGGAGUUAAUUCUGAUCCAACACAAGUUCAAGAGGUGGAAGAAUUCAGUGAUGUGUUUGAUGCUACAAGAAGCACUGGCUAUCUGUGUGCAGCAACCGUCAAAAACUUCGAACAAAUACUAGAUGGCAUACUUGAGGGUAGGAAUUUACCUUCUAAAUUAACAAGGAUGUCAAUUUCUGUAAAUUCACAACUGCUGUCGACAUACGCUCUUAAUGAUGUUUUAAUCGCACACCCAUGUCCUGCGACAGUUUCUCGGUUCUCGUUCAGAAUUAGGAAAGGGCAGCCUUGUACCCCUUUAGUAAGCUGUCGAUCAAGUGGUCUCAGAGUCUCAACAGCUGCUGGAUCAACCGCUGCAAUGCUCUCGUCAGGUGGGUUUGUGAUGCCCAUUUUAUCCAAGGAUCUCCAGUACAUGGUGAGGGAGCCCAUUUCACCUGGAGAAGCCAACUCUAGCCUAAUGCAUGGAGUGGUAAAAUUUGAAGAGACUAUGGACACUUCAUGGUUUUGUAAAGAAGGCCUGAUAUAUAUUGACGGUUCUCAUGUUUUUUAUUCUAUCCAACACGGGGAUACCAUUGAGCUAUCAUCCAAGGCCCCUGUUCUGAAAGUUUUCUUGGCUAAUCACUUGUUAUCGUAGAAUAUACUUGUGAAAAACUUUGUGGUAUUUAUGUAACACAAAAGAAGAAGAUUUUUUCUGCAAUUUUUUAGGGUAAAUUGUAAAUCUGAGAUGGAGAUCUUCUGAAUAAUAAAAUAACAUCCAUCCAGGAAUUCUUCUGUU